GGGCCGCGAUGGCGGCGCCGGGGGUGCCGAAGGCCGCGUACCUGCAGCGGUACCUGAGCGGCCCCGCCGAGCCCGCCCGCGCCCGCCGCCGCCGCAGGAAGAUCAACCCCCGAGCCGGGAUGCGCAUCGUGGAUGACGAUGUCAGCUGGAGCAGCCUCGCCCCGCAGAAGGAGGAGGAGGAGGAGGAGGAGGAAGGGGACAUGCCUGUGGUGGCAGAGUUCAUUGAUGAGCGCCCCAAGGAGGUGAAGCUCAUGGAGGAAUUCCGAACAAACUCCAAAUGGAAGCUCCUAGGAGAUGAGGACUCACAGAGUUCGGAUAUUUCGGGACCUGCCAAGUCUGCUACGAGGCGGCGGCACCAUGACUCCCCAGAGCCCUCGACCCCAGCAGGGAGACAGGAUGGCUCCUCAGAGCUCUGUCCUGCGAGACGGCAGCGCCACGACACCCCUGACCCAUCCCCUCCCAGGAGACAACGUCAUGACACCCCAGAUGUGUCACCCCCCAGGAGACAGCGCCAUGACACCCCAGAUGUGUCACCUCCCAGGAGACGGCAGCGCCACGACACCCCCGACCCAUCCCCUCCUCGGAGACAACGUCACGACACCCCAGACUUGUCACCUCCCAGGCGACAACGUCACGACACCCCUGACCCAUCCCCUCCCAGGAGACAGCGCCACGACACCCCUGACCCGUCCCCUCCCAGGAGACAGCGCCACGACACCCCUGACCCGUCCCCUCCCAGGCGACAACGUCACGACACACCAGAUCUGUCACCUCCCCGGCGGCGGCAGCGUCACGACACCCCCGACCCCUCACCCCCCAGGAGACAACGUCACGACACCCCAGACUUGUCACCCCCCAGGAGACAGCGUCAUGACACCCCUGACCCAUCCCCUCCCAGGAGACAGCGUCAUGACACCCCAGACCUGUCCCCUCCCCGGCGGCAGCGUCAGGAUUUGUCACCUCGGAGAGAGAAGCCGGGGUCCCCGAGUGGGAAGAAGAGCCAGACGAAAGGACGGGCCUCACCCACCCACAAGGACCAGCACAGGUCACGGAGCCCCCCGGAGCUCUCCCCGCGUCGCCAGGAUUCCAAGGGCUCUCCCAAGAAGGCCAGCACAAUGGCGUCCGGGGGCCGAGCCGGCCUGGUGUCGGCCGAUGUGCUGCAGAGGGAGAAGCAGGAGCUCCGCAAGCACGAGAGGAGCACCAAGCACCUGGAAGAGGAAUCCCGGAACGCUCAGACCGUGUUCCGAGACAAGUCCGGCCGCAAGAGGAACCUGGCCCAGGAGCAGCUGGAGCAGAGGCUGAAGGCUGAGGCAGAGGCCAAGAGAGAAGAGCAAUAUGCCAAGUGGGGAAAAGGGCUGGCACAGGAGAGGCAGCAGCAGCAGAACGUGGAGGAUGCAGUCAAGGAGAUGCAGAAGCCCUUGGCCCGUUACAUUGAUGACCAGGACCUGGAUCGAAUGCUGAGGGAGCAGGAGAGGGAAGGAGACCCCAUGGCUGCUCUCAUCAAGAAGAGGAAGGCCAAGGAGAACAAUAAGAAAGAAAAACCCAGGUACAAGGGACCAGCACCUCCACUCAACAGGUUCAACAUCUGGCCUGGGCAUCGCUGGGACGGUGUGGACAGGUCCAACGGGUUCGAGCAGCAGCGCUUCGCCCGCAUUGCCAACAAGAAGGCCGUGCAGGAGCUCGCCUACAAGUGGAGCGUGGAGGACAUGUAGGGGAGAGCUCCUGCAGUGCCCCACGGGCAGCACCCACUGCCAGAGCCCUGAGGAGUGCCCUGCCCUCCCUGGAGCAAGCCCUGUGCUCGGCAUUCAGCCCACUGCACCAUCUUCCCAGAGGCAAGGCUGGCUUUCCUGGCAGCCAGAGCCUCCGGCUCUCUGGGGAGGACACUGGUUUCUUGUUUGUUUUCUAACAAACUUCUGUUCUAUGCCAAAUGCUUUGACCUCUGAGGGCAGUUCCCAAGUCUUCAGGUGUCCUAAAUCUCAGGUGAAAAUCUGCUGAACGCUUGGGCUUGGGAGAGCCACCCUCAUGCAGUUGGUCAGUCUGCUCCAGACCUCAGGUUAAGUGGAACUUCUCAACUUCUGUCAAGUUGAUGCAGUUAUUUUGCCAUGUAGAUCCCAGAGUCACCAGCGUACAGGAAAGUUCAAACUCGGCUUCUCCUGACCCUGUCCAAACAGGAAACUGAGCAGGGAACGCUCUGGCACUGCAGUGCUGCAUUGGUUCAGGAGCCUCAGCAAUUCUUCAGGGCUCUGUUUCUAGUGGAAGUAAAUGUGUGGAAAAUUAGGACUUGAGACCUGGAAUUGCUUCCCUCCUAGUUUGCCCCCCAGACCCCUCUGGAUUUGGGGCUGAUCUCAGCUCUUGACUCGCUCCACUGGGAGGUCUAACAACCCUUCUCCUGUGGUCAGAUUUGUCAGUCUCAGAGCUGGGGGCCGGGCAGAGCUUCCCUUAAUCCCUGUGUGCCAGAAAGCACUUGUGGAAAUAAAUGCAGUUGUUCUUGCUGAGGUGCCGGGGAGCAGCGAUGAAAUGCAGGCAGCAGUUUCCAUGGAGAUGCCUUGGCUGCAGCAGUGGGCAGAGGCAGGGCAGGAUCACUCUUUUCAGGGAUUCUCCAGCGCUGGGAGGGCCAUGGGUGGGAGGGACAGCAGCACAGUCUGCUCUGGAGUGCCAGACUCUUGGGACUUCCCUGGUUUUCAUCCCUCUGUCACAUUUGCAGCAGCCCUGGAAUUGGUGUGUUCACCUGUAAAUAAAACCUCUCUUUUUUUACUCGA